AUGGCCUGGGAAAGCAUCCAUGAGCGGUUGCUCGUCAAGAGCGUCAACCAGGAUGGCGCCCUUCGCCCCGUGGGAGCCCUCGACAAUGAUUCCAUCCGGCCAACGCCCUCGCGACAGCGCACGUGGACGCGCCUCACCUACAUCUUCUUCUGGUUCUCCGCCACGGCCAACGUCAGCAAUCUGUAUGCCUCCAGCACCGGUGUGGCCAUGGGGUUGACAAUGUGGGAGGCCAUCGCCUGCUCGUUCGCCGGUCAGUUUCUGGCGGGGUGCUUGAUGGCCCUCAACGGCCGAGCGGGAGCCAUGUAUCGCAUUCCUUUCCCCGUAUUGUGUCGCUCCAGCUUUGGGCCGUGGGGUGCUUUCUGGCCCACCUUCAACCGGGCUGCCAUGAGUAUCGUCUGGAACGGAGUCAACAUUACUCAGGGGGCACAGUGUCUAUACGUUUUCCUGCAUGCCAUCUUUCCCUCCAUUGCGCGAAUCCCGGAUCGGAUGGGUUCCAAGUCUUCCUUGAAUACGGCGCAGAUGAUCUGUUUUCUGGUUUAUUGGCUCAUCAAUUGCGCAUUUCUUGUCGUCCCUGUCCCCAAGAUGAAAAAGCUCAUCUACAUCAAAGUGGUGGUCUACUAUGGCGGCGCGUUCGCCAUGCUGGGCUGGGUGGUCUCCCUGGCGGGCGGGAACCCACCAGGUCUCCGCGCCCCCUCGGAGGUACAGGGUGAAGCCAAGAGUUGGUUGAUUUGCAAGUUCCUGUUCCUGGGACUGGCGAGCUGUGGAACCUUCAUCUCCAAUGCCGCUGACCUUCAACGGUACACCCGAAAGCCCAGCGACGCGAUACUCGGACAGAUCAUCAGCUUCCCGCUCUCAGGGUUAAUGGUGGCCGUCAUCGGGAAUAUUAUCGCAGCUUGUAGCACAAGUAUAUUUGGAGAGCUGAUCUGGAAUCCCCUGACUUUCCUCGACAAGCUGAUGGAGGGGGAGAGGUAUACUCCUGGCAAUCGAGCUGCCUGUGCAUUCAUUUCGCUCGCAUUUGUGUACUCGACCGUCUUCUCCGCCAUCUUCGAAAACUCGAUCCCUGCCGGAAAUGACAUUGCCGCGCUGCUGCCCCGCUACAUCACUGUCAAGCGAGGCUUCUUCAUCUGUGCCAUCCUCUCCUACGCCAUCUGCCCAUGGUAUCUCCUCGCCACAGCAUCCGUGUUUAUUACCUUCCUCUCCUCGUAUCAAAUCUUUCUCUCCGCCAUCGCCGGCAUCCUGAUCUGCGACUACUAUUUGAUCCGGCGCGGAUGGCUCAACAUCCCUGAAUUGUACACCUCCCGGUCCGACGGCAUGUACCAUUUCUUCUACGGGUUUAAUCUCCGCGGAUUUGGUGCCUACAUUGUAGCCAUUGCGCCCAAUUUCUACGGCUUUCUGCACCAGAUGGGAGUCAAGGCGCCGUUGGGGAUUCAACGAUUCUACUUCGUCGCGUAUCCUGUGGGAGUGUUGAUUGCUUUUGGGGUGUAUUAUCUAGGAUGUUUCAUCUGGCCUCCCACAGGAAUGGAGAAGACAAGAGAAUGGAAAGAGCCAAAGGAUUACUGGGACGAGUUUGAUCCCGAUCGCGGGGAUGCUGAGACGGUGGAAGUGGUGCCCGUGGUGGUGGAGGGCCACAAAGUUUAAUUAGGGUUGCUGCGCCGAGCCACGAUCGACAUAGCUGGGACUAAUAUUCUAAUGCCAAACCGGUAUCAUCUCAACAACUUACCUCGGUAUAAGUAGGUUGCCUUGAUUGCCGUACG